GCUCUAGCAGCUCGGGGCAGCCUCUAAUACCAAUCGUCCGAUUGCAGAUCGCGCAGGGUUCGCCCCUUCCGACAGAGGUCCCCUUCUGACGGCGCGGUGCAGCCCUCCCCGACGCCGUCGAAAGAACCGUUAAACCGCGCGAAAAGACAGGCGACGUACUGCGACUGAUGGGCUACCACCGACGCAGUGCCGUGUGUACCCGCUCGGUGCGAUGCUCCCGUUGUCUUCGAUUGUCACUGUGCUCCCUUCCACUUCUUUUGUGUUCGUUCCGCAUAUAUGCGCUUCGGUUGCGGUGUUGCUGGUAUCCCGCAAUACGACGUAGUUUGGAUAUAUCGUCCAUCCUUCGCCUUCCUUCGACUCAUUGCCGUACGUAUAUGCAGCCGUCAUCCCAAUUGGGACACAAGACUGCAGGAGCCGCACGAGCCCUGUACAUAAUGAGUCCAGGUUCAAUUGGAUGCGAACACGGGUGGAUAUGCUCGAACGCAACGAAAGGAUAUUGGGCGAUGUCGGACCGCUGACGACGCGCCGCACGAUCCGUACGUGAUGAACGCGUCCUCCAGGCUCAAGCACUUGAGCGAGUCCUCAUGCAACGAAGAUAUCGCCGCAUCUUCCGCCUUCUAGUAUUGCCCAUCUUGACUUCGGUACCGCGCAUACACACCAGUCUUCU